AUGAGCGACAGCAAGAUUCCCAAACUAUACCACCGUACGACGCCACACUGGCAGCAAGAACAACGCAACGCCUUCUGGGCUCUAAACGAAGGGAAAUCCGCUCCCUUCAACACCCGACCCGACAAGCUCGAAGCCCUGGCCGAGGAGUCUCUUUCCAUCAACGGCCGCUACUACGCUCAAUCCAAUGCCGGAAACAGCUGGACACAUCUCGCCAAUCGACAGGCUUUCUUCCGACAUAGAAUCAUCCCCCAUCAGUUAGUGGACGUGAACGAGCGAGACACGACCACCACGUUGUUUGGCCACAAGGUCUCGGCACCGAUUGGAUUCGCGCCUAUUGGGAUUAACAAGAUCUACCACCCCAAGGGCGAGCUCCCCGUGGCCAAAGUGGCCGGGCAGCUUCGCCUGCCCUAUGGGCUGAGUACUGCGAGUUCAAGCACAAUUGAGGAUGUCGCGGCGGCGAACGAUGCCGGCCGACACCUACCCGAGGCCGUGAAAGUCGAGGGUGCAGACAAUGAUUCGUCUGUCCGUUUCUUCCAGCUGUACCUCCCACACGACGACGAACUCGCGGUUUCCCUGCUCAAGCGCGCCGUAGACAGUGGCUUUACGGCCUGCAUCCUUACUACCGACACGUGGCAGCUCGGCUGGCGCCACGACGACAUCGCGACAUCGAACUACGCCUUUUACCGCGGCAUCGGCGCCGACCUGGGCCUUGUCGACCCCGUGUUCCAGAAACGCCUGAAGGAGAUGGGCAUUGAUCCGAAGAAGUCCCCCGAAGAAGCCGGUGCUGCGUGGAUCGACAACGUGUGGCAUGGAAGGGCGUUCAGUUGGGAGAAGAUCCCCUGGGUGAUGAAGACCUGGAAGGAUUUGAGUGGUGGCAAGCCGUUCUGCAUUAAAGGGAUACAAUCCGUGGCUGACGCACAACACUGCGUCGAUCUCGGUGUGGACGGCAUCGUCGUCUCCAACCAUGCCGGCCGUCAGGUCGACGGCGCAAUCGCCAGUUUGGACGCACUUGAGAACAUCAUCGAUGCCGGCAUUGGGGAGAAGACCACCGUCAUGUUUGACUCCGGUGUAAGGGGUGCAUCCGACGUGAUCAAGGCAUUGUGCAUUGGUGCAAAAUUCGUCUGGGUCGGUCGUUUGUAUGUGUAUGGGCUUGCCUGCAUGGGCGAGGAAGGCGUGCGCCAUGUCUUCAAAAGUCUGCUGGCCGAGUUCGACAUCUCCAUGCUCACAGCUGGGUUCAGGAACAUAGACGAGAUGCGGAAGGACAGGCUCGAAAGUUACCCCAAGAGUUACACUCUGAUUUCCGAGAAGGCGAAACUGUGA